UCAGCCCAACACACUGCGCCAGAACAGACAGAGAGAACACACACUGACACACACACAGAACAGACAGAAGGCAAACAGUAAUGGAUAUUCACACAGCUCCUACGAGGAAUAACCAAGUGGACUAUUUGGAUGAAAUGGAUCAGAAAAACGCGAAACAUGUGGACGAUCGUCUGGACAGCGGCAUGGAGUCGCUUAAAGAGGACGAAUAUCAGAAACUUGUGCAAGAAAUGAGUAGUCUGCGGUGUAAGGAUCCGAUCACGGUCCCAGAGGAUAAUGUGUACAUACACCAAACCUGGAAGCACGAAGUCACUGAGGAUGGAGACACGUACCUGCACCUCGCAGUCAUCCACGAGGCUGAACAUGAAGCGCUGGAGAUCAUCAAGCACUGUGUUAAUGACCCUUUCCUCAAUAUACAGAACCACCAAAGACAGACCGCGCUCCACCUGGCCGUCAUCAUGGAGCAGCCUCACAUCCUGGAGAUGCUGCUGAAGGCUGGCUGCGACCCUCGCCUGGUGGAUCAGAGCGGGAACACGGCGCUGCACAUCGCCUGCAGGAGAGGAUCGCUGUCCUGCUUCGCCGUUCUGACCCAAGUCAACACGCAUCACCUGCGCAGCAUCCUGUCCUUCCCAAACUACAGCGGACACACGUGCCUGCACAUAGCAUCCAUCUGCGGCUUCCUGUCAUUGGUGGAGAACCUUGUGCAACUGGGUGCAGAUAUAAACGCCAAGGAACAGUGUAGCGGUCGCACCUCCCUCCACCUGGCCGUGGAUCUGCAGAACCUGGCCCUCGUGCAGCAGUUAAUCGCCCUGGGUGCCGACGUGAACAGCAUGACGUACGGCGGACACGUUCCGUAUCACCUGACGUUCGGUCGGCAAAACGGCGAGAUCAGGAAUCAGCUCUUCAUGAGGACGGCGUCAUCGCUGCGCGAGUUCCCCGAAUCCGAGAGCGAGAGCGAUGAAGAGCUCAUGUCCGACGACGACUGUGGGUACGACGACAUCCAGUUUGUCGGGAAGUGAAGAGAACUUUUUAAAAAAGAUAAAAAAGUAAAAAAAAAUGUUUAAAAGCAAAUGAAGCAAAGCAGAAGGCAGCUGGUCCUCGAAAUCACAGCCGUGGAUCACGUGAGGUGACGUGAGGUGACGUCGCGGCUAACAUUCCUCUACGCACAAGAAGGGGAUCGAAGAACGAACCACGAGGCUGAACAAGGUGCUCGGAAAAGCUGAGGAAGACUCUGAGGAAAUUUCUUCUCCUUCUCUUCAAAAAUCCCUGAAGUGUGCCUGAGAUGCGAGAAGUGUAUUAUACUGUAUAAAUAAAGCCAAGAGGAAAAAAACAAAAGUUCUAUUUUUAUACAUGUAAAUAUUAAUUAUGACACUAUUGUAAAUCAUGAUUAUCUUUGUAUUUAACUUGUGGUUUUUUAUUAAAAAAACAAAAGAACGUU